UAUUUUUCUUAACGAGCGGAGAGAGUAUUUGGUUUGUUGCAUCAUCGAGUGGACUGGAAAUAGGGGAGGCGCAAAUGGUGAGCUAGAGUGCUGCAUUGGGAGCACAAUCGCAAUGCGGGUCGUCCAAUUUGGCUCUAUAAUCCCACCUUUAGUUCCCGCCUUCUCUUCCAGAAACUUCCAUAGCCAUUCAAUUUCAUUUGCGCCGUCCAAUUUCUACAAUCACUCUCAGCACCACUUGUUUCUACGCCCUUCUGUUGCUUUCUUUCGUCCUAAGCGCCGCCAUUUUCCGAUAAUUAGGGUUGUCUCCAAAGCUGAUUACUACGCUACUCUUGACGUUUCUAGAAAUGCCUCUUUACGUGAUAUCAAGAGCUCUUACCGCAAGCUCGCUCGCAAGUACCAUCCGGAUAUGAACAAAGCUCCCGGUUCGGAGGAAAAAUUUAAAGAAAUAAGUGCUGCGUAUGAGGUCCUCUCUAAUAAAGAGAAGAGAGCUUUGUACGAUCGUUUUGGUGAAGCAGGUUUGCAGGGAGAGUCGAUUGACCCAAGCUUUGAUGCUCAAGAAGUUGAUCCUUUUCAAUUUUUUGACUCAAUAUUUGGGGAAACAGAUGAUUUUUUUGGAGGUCAAGGCAUGGGUUCUAAAUUUGAUAGGAGAAGCAGAAGCAGGCACAGCCUGGAUAUCUGGUUUGAUCUGCAUCUAUCCUUUGAAGAAUCAGUCUUUGGAGGAAAAAAAUCUAUCGAAGUUCCUUGUUUACAAACAUGUGGUGUAUGUGAUGGUACGGGAGCUAAAUCGAUUGAUUGUAUCAAGUCGUGUAAUGAAUGUAGAGGUAGAGGAAGGUUCAUGAAAAGUCAGAGAACCCCUUUUGGUGUUGUUUCUCAGGUAUCUACAUGUCUGAUUUGUGAAGGGAAUGGCAAAAUCAUCACUGAUAAAUGUACUGAGUGUGAUGGCAUGGGAGCAAUAAGAUCUCAACGAAGUUUUGAUGUAGUUAUCCCACCAGGUGUUGAUGAUGGGGCCACAAUGCAACUGCGGGGAGAAGGCAACUUAGAUAGGAACAGGAGUAUUCAUGGAGAUCUAUACCUGAUUUUCCAUGUCAAAGAAAAAACUGGAAUUUGGAGAGAAGGUCUCAAUCUUUACUCCAGAGUCAGCAUCAGUUACACUGACGCAAUUUUAGGAACUGUGAUCAAGGUGGAAACUGUGGAGGGUUCAGAGGAACUUCUUAUCCCUUCUGGGAUUCAGCCUGGAGAAACUUUAAAAUUACCGCGUAUGGGAGUUCCAAAGAGUAAUGAACGCUCUGGACGAGGUGAUCAUGUCUUUAUUGUGGACAUCAAGAUCCCUAAAAGAUUAAGUGACAGAGAAAGGGCACUAGUUGAAGAGUUGGCUUAUCUACAGGCAUCUUCAGAGAUAUACUCAACUUCUAUCGAUGACAGAAGUAAGAUGGUAAGACCAAACAAAUACGAUUCAAAUCAGAAGAGCAAAAAUGGUGGUUCCUUGUGGAAAUCUGUAGGAGAAUAUUUUCGAUGGGGAAAGAAGUCGCAAAAUGGUUUUGCAUCAACAACUUUGGAAAUGACAUCUACAUCAUGCAAAUUCAACAAAUUGGUUCGUCCAAUUUCAUCUUCAUGCUUUGGUUUAUUUUUGUUUUCCUGUAUUUUUGUAGUGGUAACUAAAAUCGAACAUUGGAAGUCCCUCCAAGCAAGUUCCACUUCUCGAAAUGAUCCAUUUAGAAAGAAGAAUUGAUAAUAUUGCCACAUGAUUUGCCUUUUUGCUAUAUGUUCAUAUUGAUGGGGAACUCGUAACUCCCUGAUAUCUUUCUUGCCAUGGAUAUUUGAGAGCUUUCAACCUUUGAUGAGUCGGCAAGUAGAAGAGCCAACUCACAACCAUCUCCAAAAUCAAGCAACAUAGGAGCAAGCAGCAAGUAGAAGGCAAACUGCAAAAGCCAAUCAACAACUACAGCAAGUCGAUUGAUUGUGCCCUUGUGUUCUAGUGCCUACUGCUGCUUGAGUCGGAUGAAUGCGCGCAUCUAUGCAUCAUUAUAUGUUUAUUGUUAUUUUGAUUUUUUAAUUAUUUCAGUUUUUAUGUUGUAAUGGGAUAAAUGUACUUAAUGUCACUUUAAUUCAAUUUAGUGCGUAAGCAGAAGCCUUGGUAA